GGCGGUACUGUGGUUCUGGCAUGCUGCCAGAUCUUGUCGUGUCGACGGGGCGCCGCCUGCUGGUGACUUACAGAAUCACUGAGUUGUCUGCCGAACGCGAGGGAUUUACAGCCAACUACACGGCGGUGUGCGGCGGGGAGAUGAAGAUGAGUGACGGGGUGCUUGAGUCUCCCAACUACCCCGAGUACUACCGACCCAGCAAGGACUGCAUCUGGAAGAUUACCGUCGAAGAGGGCCACAAGAUCGCUUUCGAAUUCACCGCAUUUGAGGUGGAAAACCACGACAACUGCUUCUAUGACUACGUGGAAGUCAGGAACGGGCCCACUGAUGACUCGCCCCUGAUCGGGAAGUACUGCGGGUACCAGCUGCCGGAGCCGCUAACGAGCUCGAGUAACAACCUUUGGGUCAGGUUCGUGUCGGACGGCAGCGUCGAGAAGCCCGGCUUCUCGGCUACCUUCAUGACAGAGCUGGACGAGUGCUCCGGCGAUGCUCACGGCUGUGAGCACAGCUGCAUCAACACGCGCGGCAGCUUCAAGUGCGCGUGUCGUAUUGGCUAUGAGCUGCACUCCGACGGCAAACGCUGCGAAGAGGCGUGCGGCGGCACGAUCGAGGCGGAAAACGGCACGGUGACCUCACCGUCCUUCCCGGAGCUGUACCCGCGCAACAAGCGCUGCAUCUGGGAGGUGCUGGCGCCGCCCCGACACCGCAUCACCCUCAACCUCACCCACUUCGACCUCGAGGGCAGCAACGUGAGUCACCAAGACUGUGACUACGACCGGCUGGAGCUGCUGAGCGUGAUGCCGGGCGAUGAGCUGCGCUCGCACGGCACCUUCUGCGGCGGCAGCCCGCCGCCUGCCGUCACCUCCGAGAGCAACAAGCUACGCAUCACCUUCUUCUCCGACAACUCGGUGGAGAAGACGGGCUUCGCCGGCUUCUUCUUCACAGACAAGGACGAGUGUUCGACCGACAACGGAGGCUGUCACCAUCGCUGCGUCAACACCGUGGGCAGCUACAUCUGCCUCUGCGACAACGGCUUCACCCUACACGAGAACGGCCACGACUGCAAGGAGGGAGGGUGCAAACAUGAAAUCGAAGCGCCGUUUGGAGAGGUGUCCAGCCCCAACUAUCCGGCGGCGUACCCCGGCAAGAAGGAUUGCGUCUGGCAUUUCAGCACCACGCCCGGGCACCGGAUCAAACUGGUGUUCAACGAGUUUGACCUGGAGCACCACCAAGAGUGCACGUACGACCACAUAUCAGUGUACGACGGCGACUCCGCCGAUCACGUGCUGCUGGGCAAUUUCUGCGGUGCCAAGGCGCCCCACCCCAUCACGGCGUCAAGGAACGAGAUGUACAUGACCUUCACCUCCGACGGCAGCGUACAGCGCAAGGGGUUCAUCGGCGCGCACAGCACAGUGUGCGGAGGCUACCUGUACGCCGAGUGGGAAGUGCAGCAUCUCUACUCCCACGCUAAGUACGGCGACGAGAACUACGACAACCGAGCUGAGUGCGACUGGACCAUCGAGGCGCCGGUGGGCUACAACGUCCGGCUGAGGUUUUUGACAUUCGAGUUGGAGGACGAACAGGACUGCGGCUACGAUGGCGUUGAGGUGCUGGAUGGCUUCGAUGAGACCGCGCACGUGCCCCACAAGUACUGCGGCAACCAGGUGCCGCCACCCAUCGUCUCCACACGGGAGGUGCUGCGCGUCCUGUUCAAGUCGGACGACACCAUCAACUCCAAGGGCUUUUCGGCAGCCUAUGAAAUUGUUGACAGCAACGCCAUCGAAGACAUUGAAGCGAGCAAGAAGCAUUGAACUCAGCGGCCAUCUGUCGUCUGGAACGCUGCGUUCAGAGCCAAGAUGGCGGUCCUGGUGAUCACUGCAUUGUGAUGGGUUCCAGUGUUACCGGGUUCACUCGACGACGCUAAGUUUAUGAGUGCUACGUAGUGCGCUCCACGCUCUUGGGAGUGCCGGUGCUGAGAACUCUGUACACUGAUGAGUGUCUGUGCUGUUGGGUGCACUGUGGGCUGGAGCGACGCUAAUGCCGUCGAGCGCUUUCCCCAGCCAGAUGCGGACGGCGAGCCCACCCCGCCUCUAACAGGUGUCACCACUGCCUCAAUGUGCAAUGGGGACUGCCGUCUUGUGGAUUCCUUACCGAUGUUUUACUCGCAGUGGACUGAUUUCAAGCUUAUUGGACGAGGUGAAGAUAAUAAGCCGUUAGAUGGUUGUUCCAUGUAUUUAAGUUCCAUUUGUUUACCUGUAAAUGACCCACUCGCCGGUGUACUAUGACAAACGAUGCUGCUCACUAUCAGACAGUGUUAGUAUUUUCAUAUGUUUUGCAUGGCUUGUACCCUGGUCUUGCCUCUCAUUCCACGUUGAGGGUCUCUGGUGCUAUCCGCGUCCAACCAACCACAAAGCCCAGUAAAAGCAACGAUUUGGCAUCCCCUGCGUACCAGAUGGUUUUAAGAAUGGUGUCAAGGCGGAAAAUGCUUCAGAAGUUGUCGGCUCUUUCCUGCUCCCAUCAUUGUUUGACUAUUCACGCGUAGCAAACACGAUAGCAAGAGACUUCCCUGCCAUCUAACAUAUGCGUUUGAUGGUCUUAUUCCACUAUCUGUCGACCAUAGCAAUGCAAAGUGCUGAGAGUUUUGUCACCAGGAGUGUCUCUGAUAAGCGUGUUUCGAGGAUUAUUUCACCCCUUCACCUGACAGUUUUACAGCAGUUUCAGAAUCCUACAGGAUUGACGCAUUAAAUACGAUUGGUUUGACCAGUAAUGCGUGCAAGGUUGAUGCUUGGAGUCUGACGUCAUUAACAAGUAGCAGUGCCAAACCACUUCUAAGCCGUGUGUGUAGGGUAGGUGACCCUUGGCUAUGGCGCGGUGACGCUCCCCGUGUAUUUGUUCACUUCACUUGUCUCACGUGCCAGAUGUGAAUGACCCUGGCUAGCCAGAGCUGUGCCAAACGCCGAGUGUCUGUGACGGUGUGACUCUCGAAAUAGUGUGUUCACACGAGCUAGGACUAGCGAUAGAUGUAUUAUGCUAUUGUAUUUAGUAUUAAUAUUUCCCCGAUUGUGUGCUGUGGCUGCGGCUCCAGUCAAGAGACCACCACCCGCGACCGUCGUAUUCCAGUUUCUCAGUUCAAAAGAACGGACAGGUGACGCGCUGGCGGCAGAAGUUUAGUGAGUCGCCGCCCUGCUCGCCGUUAGUGAGUUAAUGAACGCGUGCUCUCCUUAAAACUCGCCCGCGGCUGUCUCCUCGACGUGGCUUUUUGCGUUAUCACAGUGAGUUUAUGAACGCGCUCUCCCGUUCAAGCUCGCCUGCGGUUGUCACUCAGACGUGAUCUUCCUGACGUUAUCACAGCGAGUUUAUGAACGCGUGCUCACCUUCAAACUCGCUUGCGGUUGUUCCUUAGACGUGGUCUUUCUGGCGUUAUCACACCAGGCAGCGGAGUGCUGGCCGUCGCCCGUUCGCUGUAUGUGUGUCUGCGUGUCAACAGGGCAGUCGAGCCAACUGAUGGGUGUGACGUCAGAGCCCUCUGUGGUGCGCCAGAACCAUGCCCGGUGCGUCGGAUAUGCCACCGGCGCCGGCCACUCCCACCACACAGUGUGCGUCGUAUUUGUACUUAAUUGCUGGAUUUUUCGAGCGGCUGAUAGACGCCCUGCAGCGCGGCGGUGACACCAGUCAAGUGUGGCAGAGGUUUUAGAUCACUAAUACAAUUUACACUG